AUGAUUGAUUCUUUUGAAAUUACAAAAUUAUGUGAUUAUGAAAAUGUAAAUAGUCACUUAAUAAAAAUAGGAUCUUUUAACAUUCUAUGUGAUUUGCCGUUAAACCCAAAAGAAAUAUUAAAUUUUAAAAAAACUGUUUCAAAUUCUAAAAAUUUUGAUAAUGAAAAAAAUGAGUGUAUAAAUUUAAGUAAUUUAGAAACAUAUUCUUUAUCGAAUAAGUUAUUAUUAGACAUAAGUAAUAUCCCGUUGAAAAUUCAUAUAAUUUUGAUUUCAUGCAUAGAAUGCUUUAUGGGUUUGCCUAUAUUUUGUAAAUAUUUUGAUAUUAGUGAAACGCAUAUAAUUUGUACAAAGCCAGUAUUUACCUUUUCUAUGAGUGCGGUUGAUAAUUUACAAAAUAAAGAAAAUUAUUUACCUUCAUGGAAUGAAGAAUACAUUCAUACUAGUUUUAAUGAGGAAAUUUUUAAAAGCGAUGAAUAUUUUGAUUUAAAAUUAAACUUUAAAAAUUCCUUACAUUUGUUAUCAUAUAAAGAGAAGGUUAGUUUCAAGCAAAAUGAUGAAGUAAUAAAUAUUACUUUAUAUAGUAGCGGUUAUUCUUUAGGUAGCUGCAAUUUUUUUGUUGCAACAGAUCUUAUUAGUAUUUUCAUUAUCAAUAAAAGUUCUUAUAAUAUAAAAAGACACCCAUCACCAUUUGACACUUCUUGUUUAGAAAAAGCAGAUUUUGUUAUAUUUACUUCGUACUUAUCUAGUAAUCAAAAAUAUUCUAUAAAAAAUGAAGUUGGUGAAAAUAAUGAAAAUCUUCUAAAAAAAAAAAGUUUGAUAAAUUAUACAAACCCUUUAAUAAAUGAGGAGAAUUCAAAAAAUAUGAAUUCUUCAAAAGAUUUGAGAGAAUUAAUUAAAAGAAAAUUAAUUUUAUGCAUUGAAAAGUCGUAUAAAGACAGUUUAAAUAAAAUAUGUUCCAUUGUAUUAGAAACAAUAAAAAGAAAAGGUUGUGUAUUAAUUCCUGUUGAUUUACAUUUUUUAUAUUUUAUUGAACUAGUAGAAUUGAUAGGAGUAAUAAUAAGUAAAUAUUUAACUAAAGAAGAGCAAGUAUUAGUUUUUAGUGUGAUAUCAAACAUAAGUAAUGUAAUACACCAAGCUGAUUUAUGUGCAGAAUGGGUAGAAGAAUCAAGAAAAAAGAAAUGCAGUAAAAUGUCUAAUCCACAAGGACCUUUUUCUAUUGAAAUUAUGAUAAAAAAUAAUAGAUUAAUAAUAGGAAACACUAUAAAUGAUAUAUGCAAAUAUUUUAGAUAUCCCUGUGUUUGUUUUAUUCAAGAUUCUACCCUAAGAUUUUUUGAAUCUUCUAUUUUAUUAGAAAAAUGGGCAUUUAAUGAAAAUAAUUCCAUUAUAUUUAUUGAUCCUUUUUAUGAUCCCAUUUCCAUUUUAUAUCCUUUUAAUAUUUAUAAUAAAAAAAUUACUACUUAUUAUUGCCCUCUUAUAUGGGAUCUUAAUGAAUUUAACAUUAUUGAUAUUAUGAAUAUUAAUACUAAUAAAAAAUGCAUUUAUAUAUUAUCUGAUAGACUACAAGCUAUAUUUAAAGAGAAUCAAGAAAUCUUUGAAAAUAAUACAUUAAAUUAUGAAAUGAAUAACGAGAACGUAGAUGAUGAACAUAUUAGUAGCGAAAAUAAUAUAUCAAAGAAAGAUAAUAAUAAAAGUGAUUUAGUUAUAGAUUAUGAUAAAAAGAAGUUUUUAUUUGACAUAAAAAAUAAUAUAAUAUAUAUAUAUCCAUUGAAAAAAAAAGAAAUAAUAUUUAGUAAUUUUUUAGAAUUUAAUAAAAAAAUGCAUCCUGUUCGUUUUUCUAUUGAUGGUACAAACAAUUUAGAAAAAAUUCUAAAAAAAAUAGAUAAUUUCUAUUGUGCAAAAGUCAAGUGUAAAUAUACUAGCUCCUUUAUGGGUGACUACAUAAAGGAAGAUCACAUAGAACAACAAAAACAAGAAAAUAAUAUACAAGAAGUAAAAAAUAAAACUUGUACAAAUAAAAGUAACAUUGAUUUAAUGUUUGGUUCAAUAAAUGUAGAUGAUUUUAUAAAUAAUUUGUUGGAUUUUGGUUAUGAUAAAGAUGAUAUAACAUUACAAUACUUGGAUAAUAAUAAAUCAGAUACAAUGGAAAAUAAUUACAUAUGGUAUAUUUUCAUUAAGUCUAUUAAUUCUAAAAUAAUAUGUUAUACAAAAUACGACAUUGAAGUAUUUAGUAGUAAUGUAACGUUAAGACAACAAAUUAAGCAAAUAUUAAGCAAGUUAACAAGUCGCUUAUAA